AUGGUCAAAGUAGAGAUCGUCGAGGAAAAGGACCCCCACUUCCACAACGACAACAACUCCCCCUACGCCUCCCCCUCGUCCUCCCGCACCUCCUCCUCCGUCUCACUCGACUCCGUCGACUCCGAUGCCCCCGACCACGAGUCCCUCCUCGACCGCAUCUCCGCCCUCGUCGACAUCGUGCCCCCCUCCACCCGCCACUCCAUCUCCUCCAAAAUAGCCACCUCCGCCUCCUUCCUCAAGAGCGGCGGGAAGCUUGUCGGCAACCUCGUCUGGAUCGUCACCACCUCUGCCCUCCUCGUCGGCCUCCCCCUCGCCCUCUCCCUCGAGGACGAGGCAAAGGUCGUCGCCCAGGAGAAGGAGAUGCUCGCACAGCAGCAGGGCGCACAGCAGAUGCUGUCCUCUGGCUCCAUGUUCCCCUCCACCCCCGGGUCCUCUGACCAAAAGGGCCUCGUCCCCCCAGGCUUCUGA